CCAAAACCCUAAUCCCCGCCAAGUCAACAACCAUUCUCAACGGUAUAUUAUUUAUGUGUACAUAUAUAUGUACGCAUUGCGUAGAGAUUUUUCUGUCCUUGGGAAUUUUUUCGUCAAAACCCACAAAUAUUCGGGAAGAAACAGUAGAAUUUUGCGUGUGUGCGUGGGUGGAUGGUUAGGUGAGUGUAGGUGUAUAGAGUUGAAACUUCAAAGAAAUGGCUUUACGUAGUGCAGAUAUGUCGACUGAAUCUGGAUCGAAAUACACGCCGUAUUGCCGGAAGCAGAAAUCACUUGGUCUACUGUGCUCCAAUUUCUUGAGCCUGUACAAUCGGGACGGUGUGGAAUCAAUUGGACUUGAUGAUGCAGCCUCUCGAUUAGGGGUGGAAAGGCGGCGGAUCUACGAUAUUGUGAAUGUUUUGGAAAGCGUUGGUAUUCUUGCUAGAAAGGCGAAAAAUCGAUAUACUUGGAAGGGUUUUCAAGCAAUUCCUAAGGCUUUGCAAGAUCUAAAAAAUGAAGGUUUAAAGGAGAAUUGCCAUGGAGCUGAUGGGAAUUGCUCUGAGAAAGUUUCAGAUGACGAUGAAGAUGAAACCUACUCAGAUACGAACAACUUAAGUCAGAAUGACAAAUCAAACCCCAAUUCUUUUCGUAAACUCUCAGAGCCAAAAAAAUCUGGCGACAACAGAAAGGAGAAGUCCCUGGGGCUUCUUACACAGAAUUUUGUUAAGCUCUUUCUUUGCACUGAUAUGGAAUUGAUAUCUCUUGAUGAUGCUGCAAAGCUGUUGCUUGGGGAUGGAAAGCACACUUCAAUGACUACCAGAACAAAAGUUAGAAGGCUGUAUGACAUUGCCAAUGUCCUGUCAUCCAUGAAAUUUAUUGAAAAGAUUCAUCACCCGGAAACAAGGAAACCUGCUUUCAGAUGGUUGGGGCUACAAGAAAAUGGACCUGCUAACGAGUCGAAGAAAAGGGUAUUUGGGACUGACCUUACAAAUUCCACGUUAAAGAGGUGUAAGGUGGAUGGCAAUGCUGAGCUGCAGCUGCAAAAGCAAGUUAAAAAUCAAAGUUCGGAGAAUGAAGUCGACACAUCGAGAACAAGUGCAAAGAGUUUCCAGUUCGGUCCUUUUGCACCUGUAAAUGUGCCCAAGGUUGAAGCUUCAGGAAACGGCAAACCAAAACAAGUUAUUCAUUGGGAAAGUUUAGCCUCUACUUAUCGGCCUCAGUAUCAUAACCAAGCUUUGCGGGAUCUCUUCUCACACUAUGUUGAAGCAUGGAAAUCGUGGUACUCUGAAGUUGCGGGGAAGAAGCCAAUACAACUAAUGUCGUAAUAACAGGGGCAGACGCAGAGAUUUUGAGUUAGGGAAGUACAAUUAAAUUUUGUACAAAUCGAAUACUUUAUUUUUUAUUUUUGAAUGAUUAAUAUUUGAGCCGA